AUGACCUCAAGUGACAGUGGUCUCCGCGCAAGGCUGCAGCGUGUGGAGCGCCUCUUGGAUAGAUUGAUAGAAGUGGAUGACACCAAUGAAUCCGAAAGCCUGCCGAACCUGGGGUCUGGGGAUGGCUCAGUCACCGCACCAAUCGAAGGAGAUCAUCAACCUCCACUAAUCUCCCUAUUCGAUAAUGCCGUCUUUGGGCGUCAAGAGCAAUCAACUCCCUCCGAGGACCCAAGUCCACAGCGGUCUACGCUUUCUGCAACAAAUGCCAAAACAGAGAAACUUCGUCUUCCCCUGAUUGCUCUGCUACCCAGUCAAGAGGAUGCCGAUUUGAUCACUGCCUCUACCAAUGGCUGGGGCCUUAGGCAAGUGGUCUACGCGGGAGAUGAUCCUGGGCAUCCCAUUGGCGACAUCAGGCCUUUCUUUGACAUCUUGUCAUUGUCGAAGGCCUCAGCAGUCACCAUUGCACGGUUUUUGUUGUAUCUUGCCAUUUGCAUUCAGCAACUGCCACCAGAGUUUGACGCCGGGAAACUGCACUUCUCGUCUCCCAUCGAGACCGUCUUACAGAAGUACCUCAACAGCGUGACAGAUCUUGUGACAUCGAAAGAUGACUUGGUGUGCUCGAUGGAAGGACUCGAAGUUUUGCUGCUUCAGUCAUUAUUCUAUAUCAAUGACGGCAAUCUUCGGCGGGCGUGGCUCUGUGGUCGUCGAACAAUGAACAUGGCUCAAUUUAUGGGACUGCAGAAGGCCUACCUUCGUUAUAUGCGUGAGCAGAAAGGCGAUGAGGAGAAAUUCAAGGCCACCAUGUGGCUCAAAGUUGUUAUAGUUGAUCGGUAUCUCGCAGUCCUGCUUGGGUUUCCCGUCGGGGUUGGAGACGAUUGUUUUGGUGAUGAAAGUUAUCUUCGGAUUCCCAUUUCCGGUUUGAUUGAUCUUGUCGUACGAAGGCUUAGCAUCAUCGCGGGCCUCAUUGCGACGCGAAACCAGCGCGAGCUGCUCACCACGUAUACGCACACACUGGAAAUCGAUGAAAAGCUCGACCAACUGGCGAGAGAGUUGCCCAAGUCUUGGUGUGAGAUCCCGGUCCUGUGUCCUGGAGAACGGACGUUGGAAGAAGCUAACAAAUACGACCUGAUCACCCAUCAAAUGUGGUACUUCCAGCUCACGCAAUUGUUACACUUACCUUGGAUGCUCCGAGCAUUCACCGAUUCCAGGUAUGAGUACAGCAAACUAAGCUGCUUGAAUGCGUCACGGGAGAUGAUUAUUCGAUAUCUCGCCCUUCGGAGUAUGAACAAUACUCAAAUGCAUGCCCGUGUCGUCGACUUCGCCACCAUCAUUGCUUCAGUCACGAUCAUCCUCAUUCACGUGGGCUCUGGCUCGAAUAUCGAGAAUCAACGUGAUGUCGGGCAUCGCAAACACAGCGACAUGGAGUUGGUGAAUAAGGUCGUCGAGUCUAUGCGGGUCGUUGCUCAAGGUUCACGAGAAUUCAUGGCCCGACAGGGUGUUGAAGUCGUAGAAGCUCUUCUGUCUGUGGGUGAGACCGGCAAGGACAAUGGUGCCAGGGGGAAAUUACAGCUCACCAUUCCUUUCUACGGCACCAUCCAUAUCACCAGAAAUAUGAUCCCGGUCAAUGCCACUCGUGAUCAACAAAAGGCUGACGAUCCAAUCGAUGAGUUGCUUCAAUCGCAAUACGCCGAUGCAGCUGCUUAUGACCAGAUAUCAGGUGUUCUUGGUCCUGGAUUUGGCCAUCACCUGUCCUUCGAUCAAGCGAACAUAUCUGACCCAAGCUGGUUUCCGCCCCUGGAAGCGUGGGAUCUUGACAAUAUGGCGGCGUCAACGAUCGGUGACUCUUACAGUUUGUGGGAUAUCAAUUCUUGA